AUGAAGAUGACUAUAGAGAAGGGAUAUGCCGUGACAAUCCCAGGGGAACAGUUACAUUGCGAUUUUCAUCCGCAUUGGUACCUGCCUCAUCAUGUAGUACUAAACCCAAAAAAGCCGGAAAAGCUGCGUAUAGUUUUGGACUGUGCGGCCAAACACAAGGGGCAAUCUUUGAAUGACAUGCCCUAUCAAGGUCCAGACACCACCGCGAAUUUAGUAAGUAUACUUUUGCGAUUCCGUAAGAAGUUUGUAGCUGCUACAGCUGACAUAGAAGGGAUGUUUAUGCAAGUGAAGGUGUUAAAACAUGAUAGAGGCGCUUUGAUGUGUCUCUGGUGGCUACAAGGUGUUCCACUCAAGGAUCCCGAGGAACAUCAAAUGACAACUCACCCUUUUGGUGCAACUUCUUCACCGUUUUGCGCUAAUUUUGCCUUGAAGAGGGCUGCAUGA